CCGGGUCAGCUCCGCUAGGAGCCCUGCGGAAGGCGGUGGCGUGAGGGAGACUCGCUGAGGCAUGCGGGAUGCCGGGGCUGGUGACGGCGUCGGGGAGGCCGAGGCGGGCUCGCCGGGAGGCCCGGGACCAGGCCCGGAGGUGGCGGCCGCGAAGCUGCUGCCCUUCCUGGCGCCGGGGGCGCGGGCGGACCUGCAGGCGGCGGCGGCGCGGCACGUGCUGGCGCUGACCGGUUCUGGGCCGGGCCGCGCGCUGCUGGCGGGGCAGGCGGCGCUGCUGCGGGCACUGGCCGAGCUGGCCUCGGGCCGCGACGCCGCCCUCGCGCUCGUGAACUUGGCCGCUGACUCCGGCCUGCACGAGCAGCUGCUGACUGCCGACCCCGGGCUGCCUGCCCGCCUGCUGGGCCGCGCGUUGGACCCGCAGUGGCCGUGGGCCGAGGAGGCGGCCGCCGCACUGGCCAACCUCAGCCGCGAGCCAGCGCCAUGUGCCGCGCUAAUGGCGGUGCUGGCGGCCGCGGAGCCAGGGUCCCCGGGCCUGGAGCAGCUGGUGCACGCGCUAUGCACGCCCGGCUACAACACCCGCGCACCUCUGCACUACCUGGGGCCGCUGCUGUCCAACCUCAGCCAGCGGCCUGCAGCGCGUGCCUUCCUGAUGGACCCCGACAGGUGCGUGGUCCAGCGGCUGCUGCCCCUUACCCAGUAUCCAGACUCCUCGGUGCGCAGGGGCGGGGUGGUGGGGACGCUGCGGAAUUGCUGCUUCGAGCACCGACACCACCAGUGGUUGCUCGGGCCCGAGGUAGACAUUCUCCCUUUCUUGCUGCUGCCCCUGGCUGGGCCUGAGGAUUUCUCCGAGGAAGAGAUGGAACGUCUGCCUGUUGAUCUGCAGUACCUGCCACCAGACAAGCAGCGAGAGCCUGAUGCCGACAUCCGCAAGAUGCUCAUUGAAGCCAUCAUGCUGCUGACAGCCACCGCACCAGGUCGGCAGCAGAUACGAGACCAAGGAGCCUACCUGAUCCUUAGAGAGCUGCACAGGUGGGAGCCACAGCCUGAUGUGCAAUCAACUUGUGAGAAGCUCAUCCAGGUGCUUAUUGGGGAUGAGCCCGAGCGUGGCAUGGAAAACCUGCUGGAGGUGCAGGUGCCUGAGGAUGUGGAAAAGCAACUGCAGCAGCUGGACCGCCAGGAGCAGGAACAGCUGGAGCGAGAGCAGCAGGAGCUGGCCCCAGAGCUGUGGGGCAAGAGGGCUGCACCCACUUGAGGCCCCUGCAGCCUGAUACCAGCGCCAGGCCCACCUAUGCCAGGCAUCUCAGGGCAGGUCUUCCUAUAGGGCCCUCUGGCUGUGCCAUGUGAAGAAGCAGAGCUACACUCAGACUCCUGUCCAUCUAAGGGUUCUAGGGCAAAUGCCGGAUGAACCUGGGAGGGUUGACAGCACUCCAGCCCUAUGCCCUGUUGGUAUUAGCAAGAAUUCAGAUUGUGACUCACCUACCCCCACAUGAGGAGGAGACGGUAGGUGAUGGCCAGUGGAGCCCCACUCCUGAGGGCACUGCAAGGUCUGGGUGUAGGUGGGUGCCUUUGUGUAGGCAGUGCCCCUGCUGUCAGGCCCCAACCCCUGGGCCUUCAGUUUCCCCUGCCUCAGAGGGCUGACCCAGCCACACCUGGGUUCUGGGGUCUACAUAGGACCGUGCCUCCUAUUUUCCCAUCUUGGUUUGCUUGGUUUUUCCCCAGCCUCUCUGACUAGGCCACUUCCCUGGGCAGCUUCCUUGAGCCUUGGCUGUUCUUCCCUAGCUUUGCCUACCUCUAUAGAGAGCCUCCCAGAUGUGCCUGCAGCCUAGCCCCCUGCCCCAGUGGAGCCCACUAUGGGCCCUGGAGCCUAUCUGCUUUUCCCCUGGGUCUGUGUGUGUGUGCUUCCCCCAUUCUGUGUCUGGCAAGCCCUACCAUGUUCCCUUCCUGAGUCUCCUGUCAGACUUCACUGCCACCUUUUGCACUGGGCUCCUUAGUGCUGGCCCCCUCUUGCCAACAGGCCCUCCCAGGCCCCUCGGACCCCAGUGAAGGAGCUCAGCUUAUCUUCCUGAGACUUCACAAUGCCCCAUCCCAUGCCCCUGCAAAUUGGAGGCCCACUCCACUUGUGUUCUGUCAUGGCUGGAUGCUUCACUGGGUGCCAGGCAUCUCCCCUCCACAGCCCCCUCUAACCCGCCCCCAUUAAAGCUCUGGUCCUCUGGGUAGGUGUGAUAUAUGGA